AUGAGUUCCUACCAGCAGAAGCAGCCUUUUGUCGCAUCUCCUCAGCCUCAACAGCAUCAAGUGAAGCAAGCUUGUCAACCACAAGGACAAGUUGUUCCCAUAACCUCCAUGGAGCCAUGCCGCACAGAUGUUCCACAACCAGAAAACACCAAGAUUCUGGAGCCAUGCAAAACCAAAGGGCCUGGACCAGGUUCUACCAACGUCCGUGAGCCAGAUUAUACCACAAUGCCUGGGCCAGGCUCUACCAACGUCCGUGAGCCAGAUUAUACCACAAUUCCUGGGCCAGGUUCUACCAACAUCCCUGAGCCGGAUUAUACCACAAUUCCUGGGCCAGGAUCUACCAACAUCCCUGAGCCGGAUUAUACCACAAUUCCUGGGCCAGGCUCUACCAACAUCCGUGAGCCAGAUUAUACCACAAUUCCUGGGCCAGGAUCUACCAACAUCCGUGAGCCAGAUUAUACCACAAUUCCUGGGCCAGACACUACCAACAUCCCGGAGCCUCUCUCUGAAAGAAGAACUACCAAUGUCCCUGAACCUGGCUCUGUGAAUGCCUCAGAGCCCAACUCUACCAAGGUCCCUGAUCAGGGCUAUACCAAGGUACCUGGUCAGGGAUAUUCGAAGGUACCAGAGCCCUGCCAGUCCAAGGUUACUGAGGUGUACCCCACCAAUGUCUCUCCAGAAUUGGCUAAGCAGAAGACUAAGAAGAAGUAA